UUGUGAUUGUGUCUGGAUUUGAACACAGGUGCUUCCCCUGCAGAAUGAAAUGAAGCAACCUGAGCAGUUCACAAGAAGGUUUGGCGUUCUCAACAUCGGCAUGACCAUCGUGACGUGUCUGCUUGUUAUCAUGGGGUUCCUUGGCUACCUCAAGUAUGGUGACAAUGUACAAGGAAGCCUCACACUCAACCUGCCUCAACAAGACAUCCUGGCCCAGGCAGUACAGCUCACCAUCUGCCUUGGAAUCCUGUUCUCCUAUGCUCUGCAGAUGUAUGUUCCCAUAGAGAUCCUCUGGCCCCACGUUCUGAAGAGAUGGGGCCCCUUUAAGUACAGCUCCCUCACAGAUAUAAUCUUCCGUAGCUCUCUGGUUCUCAUAACAUGUAAGUAUGUCACAUAUCUGUCCUUAUGUGUUGCAUAUGUAUCCAGUUUUGAUUAAUGUUACUUUUACACAUAAUAGGACCUACCUCUGGUUGGUUCAUUUCAUUUUGAUCUGAAACUUGUCAGGCUUGAUUAGCCAUUGGACUGGACACAUCCUGUUUUUUGUAAAUAACUUUAAUUAUCUGUUAUAACAGAUCUUAUUUGAUUAUACUGUUUUAAAGUUGUAAAUAUUAUUAUUUGUAUUCUUUAUUACCUUCAUCUUAUAUUGUAAAUUGGUUACUGUAAUACAACUAAUUAUAUUCAACUUUCAAACUUGCCUUAUAUUAUAAACUGGUUUUUAAAUAACUGUCAUAUUGUAUAAGCAUGAUUAUUAUUAUAUUUGGACUGAAUUUUUUAUCUUAAAAUUGUCAUUGUCUUACUUAUUAUUUUCAAGAUAAAUUUUUAGAUGUGACUUAAAUGUUGUAUACUAUAAACUUGUUAUUUUGUCAACUGCUUGAUUUCUAAGCAAGAUGAGUUUAUAUUUCUGGACCAUUUCUAUCUCUAUUGGUUAUCUCAACCUUGUAAGGAUUUUAUGGAAUGUGAAUAAAUGAAAGAAUGAAUGAAUGAAUGAAUGAAUGAAUGAAAAAAGAACUUAAUUUAUGGACUUUCUCUUUGCAAAAUGGCAAACCAAUUAUUUCAACAGAUAUAAUUCCAUACUUCAGUCUGUUCAUGUUUGUUUCUGCAGUUUUUCAAGCAGAAUGAAUUCCAGACCUCAACUUGUUAAUAUC